AUGUUUCCCAUAGCUUCCCCAUCAUCUUCUUCUUCUUCCAAGAAAUAUGAUGUGUUUCUGAGUUUCAGAGGAGAGGACACUCGCAGAUCCUUUACCAGCCAUCUCCAUACUGCCUUGUGCCUCAGAGAUAUUGAGACAUACAUUGAUUAUAAGCUCCCAAAAGGCGAUGACAUCUCCCAAUCACUCAUUGAAGCAAUUCAUGAUUCAUUCAUCUCUGUGGUGGUCUUCUCUCAAAACUAUGCCACUUCAAAAUGGUGUUUGAAUGAGCUCCUUGAGAUCCUUUGCUGCAAACAACAUCAGGAACAAAUUGUUGUUCCUAUCUUCUACGAAAUCGACCCAUCUGAUGUACGCAAACAAAAGGGAGCUUAUGAGAAAGCAUUCGCAGAACAUUUGGAGAAAAACUCAGAGAAGGUGGAGAAGUGGAGACAAGCACUUUUUGAGAUUGCAAAUCUAGCAGGAUGGGACUCCUGCAACUACAGGGAUGAAGCAAAACUCAUUCAAAAUAUUGUCAAUGACAUCAUCAACAAACUGAACCAUAGGUACUCAGGAAGUGUAUUAGAAAAUAUCGUUGGAAUUGAUGAGAAUUUGGAUCAUAUUGAGCAAUUGCUCGAAGAAUCCUCGACAAUUGGGAUUUGGGGGAUGGGCGGGAUAGGCAAGACAACAAUGGCUAAGGUUGUGUUUGCCAAGCUCCGCUCUCAAUUUGAUAGUUGCUGCUUCUUAGAAAAUUUUAGGGAAGAGUCAAAAAGGCAUGGGUUAAAAUAUGUACGUGAUGAACUUUUCCGACAAUUAUCAAAGGAUACAUCUAUUAGGAGGCUCAAUCGUAGAAGAGUUUUGAUUGUACUUGAUGAUGUUAGCAACACAAAGCAGUUAGAUGAGUUGAAAAGUGAAGCUCCUCCUUUGGGUCCUGGCAGUAAAGUCAUCAUAACAAGUCGAGAUAAGCAUGUGCUUAUUGUUGGAAGAGUUGAUAAAAUACAUGAGGCCAAGGCAUUGAGCAACAACAAUUCACUUGAGCUUUUCAAGCUCAAAGCCUUCCACAAAGAUGGUUAUGAAAGUGAAUAUGAACAACCAGUUAAAAGAGCACUUGCUUAUGCCAAAGGCAUCCCAUUGGCCUUAACCGUUUUGGGUUCGUUUCUACAUUCCAGACCUGCAGAUCAAUGGGAAGAUGCGUUGAGUAAAUUAGAAAGUAUGGCCCAUGAAGAUAUUCAAAAUGUGUUAAAAUUGAGCUAUGAUGGACUCGAUGACGAAGUGAGGGAGAUAUUUUUAGACAUUGCUUGUUUUUUUAAAGGUAGAUCUGGACAAUAUGUAGAAGCAAUGCUAAAGAGCUUUGGCUUUCACGCAAGCAUUGGUUUGGGAAUUCUUGUGGAUAGGGCGUUGAUAAGUCUUAGUCAUAAUGCGGUAUGGAUGCAUGAUUUAAUUCAAUCAAUGGCUUUCGAAAUUGUUCGCAAAGAGUGUAACAAUCCUGGAGGGCGUAGUCGACUAUGGAAUUCCGAUGAGAUCUUCGACGUUCUAAAACAUAAUCUAGGAAGUGAUGCAAUUCAAGGCAUAAGUUUAGAUUUGUCUCAAAUAAAGGAAUUACAGUUCAGUGCUGAUGCCUUUGGAAAGAUGACAAAUUUAAGGUUUUUGGAAGUCUAUUCAUCUAAGAGGUCGUGUAUUGUGAAUCUUCCUCCAAUGCUUGAAUCAUUUCCUAAUUUAUUACGGUAUCUUCGAUGGGACAAUUUUCCUUUAAAGUCCUUACCGUUGUCAUUCUGUGCCGAGAAGCUAGUUGAACUUCGCAUGCCUCGUAGCCGCCUUCAAAAACUAUGGGAUGGCAAGCAGGACUUGGUGAAUUUAAGGAAUAUAGACCUUUGGGGAUCUAGAAAAUUGAUGGAGUUGCCAGAUUUGUCCACCGCUGAAACACUUGAACAGCUAAAUCUUGAAUGGUGUGAUAGUUUAUGCCAUCUUCAUCCAUAUAUUUUAUCUCUUCCGAGAUUGAAGGAUGUGAAUCUUGGGAGUUGCAAAAACUUAAAGAGUUUGAAAGCAGAGAGUCAAUCAAAAUCGCUCUCAAUACUACGUCUUUAUCAUUGCUCUAGUCUCAAGGAAUUUUCAUUCUCUUCGGACAAACUAAUUUCUUUAGGGUUAGUUCUCUUAAAAGUCGAGAAUAUAGACUUUUUAGGUGGGCAUAUGGAGGAACUUCAGUGUCUCUCUCUUGAUGGUUCCGAACUAAAGAAUCUUCCGAUUAAUGACAUUUGUUGCAUGAGAUCUCUUUUGGGGCUUCAUCUUAAUUAUUGCACGGGAGUGAUUGACAAAUCAAAGCUCCAUAGCUUAUUUGAUGCUUUGCGAUAUCUCGUAUCACUUUCUUUGAGAGGGUCAUGCACAUUAACGGAACUUCCAGACAAUAUCAAGCAUCUCUCGAGGCUACAGUCUCUUGAUGUAAGCUAUUGCAGGGACCUUCAAUCUUUACCAGAACUUCCUCCAUCCAUUGACGAAUUACAUGCCUACGGCUGCACAUCAUUAAAGACGCUACAAUUCACUUCUCAUAUUGAAUCUCCAUCAUUGGCAGAUGAAAUAAUGUUGGGUUCAACCCUCCAUUCCUCAGUUAGCUCCUCAGUUAGUUAUCUCCAAAACCUUCGAAAGCUUAGUCUUGGUGGUUGUGAACAGGUGUAUGAAUUGCUUGAAAACAUCGGCUCCUUAUCUUCAUUAUCUUCACUGGAUUUGAGUGGAAGUAUUGUAGCGAGCUUGCCUGCUAGUAUCAAGUAUCUCUCAAAUCUAAAAGAAAUACGCUUGACCAAUUGUACAAGACUUCGUUCUCUGCCAGAACUGCCGCCAUCCACAGAAACCGUCUUCGCUAGUGGUUGCAUAUCAUUGAAGAUUGUACCUAUUUCAAUGCCUUUUGCACUACAAUUGAAGUUGCUACUUCUGAGAGAUUGCUUGAAAUUGGAGAACUGCUUUCUGUCUCAUGUGACGGAAACUACUUAUUUCUUAUUGAAGCGAUUGGUGUACACAAACCAACGCGCUGCUGUCUGUUACCCUGGAAUAAAAGUUCCAAAGUGGUUUGGAUCUAAUGAGAGAACAGAGGCUUCCAACUGUAUAACUAUUGAGUCUCCUUCAGCCACAAACGACCUAAUCGGCUUCAUCUUUUGCUGUAUUCUUUCUCGGCAUUCCUAUAAGGAUGACGUGCAAUGCCAAAUUCAUUAUGAUGGUAAGCGGUGCGGAUUCUCAAGUUUUGGUCUUUAUGCGAAUCUACAUUCAGAAUUUUAUGAUGAUGAAAAUUCGGAAUCACGUCAUGUUUUUUUGUGGUGUGAUCCUAACGAAUUCAUAAACUUCCCCAAAGCAACGAACAACCAAAACACCAAUUACAGGCCAAAGGUGUCAUUUGAAUUCUCUGUUGCCAAAUCUACACAGAAGCUCGUUCAUUCUGUGAUUGAAGCAUGUGGAGUCUGCCCAAUAUAUGCCUCGAAAUAUCACGACUUCAUUCAACAAAUGGGAUGCCAGCCAAACUUAGGUACCCAAAAAGAGUCCUAUCAUUAUGCUGAUGAGAAUUCAUUUCAUAAAAUGCUCCAAUAUGUUAGAUUCUCAUUAAAGCAAGGAGAAUGUGGCAAUUUUGAAGGAAGUACUAUUCCAGAGUGGUUUACUUACAAAAGUUCAAUGACAGGGUACAGAGAUUUGAGUGUGUGUGUUCAGGUUGCUCCAGAUUUUGAAAACUUAAUAGGUUUCAUUUUCUGCUUUGUCAUACCUCACUUCUCCUCAAAAGAAAGGGAUCAAUGUCACUCAUCAUGUCGAUGCUAUUCGUUUACCUCAAGAGGAUGGCACUAUUCAAUGGAAAAAUUGAAUUCAUAUGAUGAUGUGUUUCUAUGGUAUGAUCCCCUCUAUUGUGAACACAUACUAAAACUGGGAAAAGGUUAUAACAAGUGGCUUCGAUUUGUCUUUAAUCUUUAUGAUGUUUUGAUCAAUGGGUUUUAUGUUGGUAAUUGCUUGAUCAAAGAAUGUGGAGUUCGGCCGAUAUAUGUCUCAGAGUACACAAACUUCCUCCAACAAAAGAAAGGGGAGGUGAGUAUGCCAAAAAAGAGGCAUCAGAAUAUUGAUGAUGACCAACAUCAACUCCCUUCAACAAAGAAAUUGAAGGACUCUUAG